AAACAAUAUCCCAAGUUGCACCUAACAUUUAAUGGGUAGUAUAAUUUUCCUAUAUCCUAAUUAAAUUUAAUUGGGAUUUUACAACACAUGAAGCAUGCAAAAGAAAAAAGAAAAACAAAAAAAAAACAUGCAAAACACUCACUCACUAUAAAAGGAAAGACAUGGCCCUUAAAUCUCAACCAACCAGCUGAAGGAAUCAAGGUCCCUUCUUUCUGCUUCUUUCUCUCUCCUAUCAUCUUAGAGAGAGAAACUAGCUUCAUUUCUAGCCAUGGCCACUUACAAAUUCAUCAACACAAUACUAAUCAUACUUACUAUAUUAAUGGUGUUUAAUGGUCAAUUAAUUAAUGCUAAGCUUCCCAAGUUUAAACAUGCUACCAAACAAGAUGGAUCUCUUAGCUUGUUGGUUGUUGGUGAUUGGGGAAGGAAAGGUGCUUAUAAUCAAACUCUUGUUGCUAAUCAGAUGGGCAUAGUUGGGGAGAAAUUGGAUGUGGAUUUCAUUAUAUCAACAGGAGACAAUUUCUACGACGAUGGACUGACUGGUGUUCAUGAUCCUAAUUUUGAAGAAUCAUUUUCAAACAUUUAUACUGCCCCUAGCUUACAAAAGCGUUGGUACAAUGUGCUUGGAAACCAUGACUACGGAGGAGAUGUUCUAGCACAUUUAAGCCCAAUUCUUAGAAAAAGAGACAGCAGAUGGUUUUCCCUAAGAUCUUAUGUUGUCAAAUCAGAGACUGUGGACUUCUUUUUUGUGGAUACAACUCCAUUUCAAGACAAAUACUUUGUAGAAGACAAACAUACAUAUGACUGGAGAGGUGUAUUACCACGAAAACGAUAUCUUUCUAAUCUUUUGCAGGAUGUGGAUGAGGCAUUGAAGAAGUCGAGUGCCAAGUGGAAGUUUGUGAUUGGUCAUCAUCCAGUAUUUAGUGCUGGACAUCAUGGUAACACUGAGGAGCUUGUGGCUCAGCUUCUCCCAAUACUAGAGGAAAACAACGUUGAUCUUUACAUCAAUGGGCAUGACCAUUGCUUGGAGCACAUUAGUAGCCCAGACAGUGAAAUUGAGUUUUUGACUAGUGGAGGUGGCUCGAAGUCAUGGAGGGGCGAUGAAAAGGAAUGGAACCCGGAGGAGUUGAAGUUGUAUUAUGAUGGCCAAGGCUUUAUGUCAAUGCAAGUGACUCGAACUCGAGUCGAUAUAGCCUUCUUUGAUAUCUUUGGCAAUACAUUGCACAAAUGGAGCAAAGCAAAACCCGGCUACUACACAUAUUAGUAACAAAGAACAUCCCCAUUUUGACUAUCAUAAAAAGAUUAAGAAAAUGUUAAUGUAAUUAAUUGAAAAUAUUAUUGAAGCAUUGACACCAAAUGUGUCAUAUUGAUUAUUGAGGAGAAUUAGUACAUAGUUUCACCAUUAUCUAAAUUGUCACCCUCAUUGAUGUUGUUGUAAAUGGUGUUAUGAGAUGUCAUAUUAUGGUGUUUAAUGUAUUUAAUAUUAGUAGUCAAUAAUUUGAUGUUUACUUAAUAAAGUUAGUACCUUUGUAGCA